AUGGUCCAUGUUAAGGAGCAAGUUAAGGCAGUCAUCCUUGUAGGAGGAUAUGGAACCAGGCUAAGGCCGCUAACGUAUACUGUUCCAAAGCCUCUUGUACCCUUUGCCAACAAGCCUAUUCUAAGACAUCAAAUAGAGGCUUUGGUUGGAGCCGGUAUCAAGGAGAUCAUCUUGGCACUCAACUACUACUCAGAGCUUAUAAUAAGAGAGGUUCGAGACUAUUCAAACGAGUUUGGUAUCAACGUCAUCUACUCCAAGGAGCAAGAGCCUCUUGGAACAGCAGGCCCACUAGCACUUGCUAGAAAGUAUCUCGAAGGUCACACCUUCUUUGUACUCAACUCAGAUAUAACGUGCAGGUUUCCCCUAAGAGAAAUGCUUUCCUUCCACCUCUCACACGGUAAGGAAGGAACUAUUUUGUCCACCGGUGUAGAAGACCCAAGCAGGUAUGGGCUUAUUAUCACCGAGGAAAACACAAGCCUUGUUCAAACCUUUCUUGAGAAGCCCAAAAACGCAACAUCAAACAGGAUAAAUGCAGGGAUAUACAUACUUAAUCCCUCUGUACUGGACAGGGUGGAGCUGAGAGAGUGCUCUAUUGAAAGGGAGAUCUUUCCAAAAAUGGCAGAGGAACGCCAGCUUCAAGUCUUUGAUCUCGAAGGUUUUUGGAUGGACAUAGGCCAGCCUGCAGAUUACAUAAAAGGCCAAGGAAUGUAUUUGAAGUACUAUCAGGAGGCGGCUAUGUGUGAUUACCUGUCAGAUAAAAAAAUGUUUUCGAUCGAGAGCAAUGUUGUCAUAGGAAAGAAUGUAAAGAUAGGAAAGAACGUCACAAUCACAAAUAGUACUAUCUUCGACAAUGUGGAGAUAGGAGACAAUGUGAUAAUAAAAGACAGUAUAGUUGGCUGGAACACAAGGAUCGAAGACAAUGCAACCAUAAAUUCCUGUUGUGUCCUGGGAUAUGCCACAACGGUCGAAAGGUUCUCUAUUUUAAGCUCGGUCAAAACGCUGCCAAAUAAGUCUUCAUUUAAGCUACUCGAAGAUAUUUAG